UGUGGAACCUGGAGAGUGGGAGGUGUCUCAGGACUCUGAAGCACAACAGUGCUGUUUGGGUGGUUAAGAUGGAUGGUACACAUGUUGUCAGCGGGUGUGACCGAGGGCUGGUGAAAGUCUGGUGUGCUGAUAGGGGCACUCUGGUCAAAACAAUAGAGGGGCACCAAGGCCCAGUUAAGUGCUUGUCCUUUGAUCAGUGGCAUCUAGUCACAGGAAGCACCGACAGAUAUGUCCUGGGAUGGAGCAUGUUGGGAAACCUUAAGAGAUGCCUAAUAGCCUUCCGCCACCCGAAGGAAGUUCUGUCUCUGGAGUUCCUCUAUCUCAGAGUCAUCAGUGGCUGUGCUGACGGAAAGAUUCGUAUAUUUAACUACUUGACUGGAAGCUGCUUGAAAGUGUUGAUGGCCAACAGCAGAGGAGACCCCAUAUCUUCUUUCUAUGUUGCAGGAAACAGGAUGGUGAUCAAUUCACCAACCCGCCUGUUGAUGUUCCAGUUUGAGGACAUCAGGUGGGACUAUACCUUAGGUGCUGACAGAGAGAUGCUGAAAAACUCCUUGCAUGGACCCACUGUGAAUUCCUCCAUCCCUGCUCCCUCCAUUGUACGUCCCAAGACAAGCUGUCGUUUGCUGCGAGAAAAGAAAGCUCACAGUGGUCACAAUAAAGUCAUUCCUCUCCCUGAAGAUGGAGUUCAUCUUAUCGAUCCCUUUCCAGCUGUUUCUGAACUGAUCAAAUCAACACGUGUCAUGAUUGCACAAAUGGAAACCAAAGUAAUUUCCAGGAGAAAAAAGCCCUUUUGUCCAUAUGCUGUAGACCCUGCCCAGAGUGACAGUGGGUUCAGGCUUCUGACAGGAAAACAGAAGGAGGCGUACGAGGCAGCUGCUGUAGCUCAGUGUCAGGCACAGCAGGCAAAGCUCGCAGAGGAUCAGCAAAGAGCAUGCAGGAAGGCCUGGUUAAGGAAAAUGAAAGGCCUACCUACAGACUCUUCUGCUGAGGAGGGGAAAACAGCCGCUCCUGAACUUGGGCUUAAUACAUUUAUCUGA